AUGACAGUAAAUCUCGAAUUUGGGUUGCGAUCCGUCUGCGCUGCCGUCAGGUACCGUGCCCGAGGCGUUCGAACGGUGGCAGUGGCGGCCAAUCCGCAGACAGACGGGGGCGGCAAUUCUGGAACACUGAAGUACCGAGCCGUAAACGGGACGGGACCGCACGGCACCAUGGGAUCGCAACCCUGUGGUUUCCAUUCCGUUGACAUUCUCAUCUUUUAUAUUUCAUAUUCUCGACUGGGACGACGACGACGACUGCUAGUUUAUGAACGAGAAAGAGGCCGUCCCGUCUGGUGCGUCCCUUCCGGCACACGACGCGGCCUGGGUGGGAUUGGAUUCCACGCCAUUACCAACAUCGUCGUCGCCGUUGUCGUCCACCACAACAGUCUUGCCUUUGUUGCCACUCGCGACCUCCGGAUCUUCUCCAACCAGUCAGGCCCCGUUGUCCUCCGGUCCCACUACCCCGAUGGAUACGAGCCACAACGGGACGUGUCGAUGGCACCGGGACGACCUCGUCACCCCAAACCGGCGAACCCACCGCCUCCAGCACUGGCCACCACCACCAGCACCACCCACGACAAUAACAGCAGCAGUGUCAACAAUCCUCAGCCUGAAGGAUGGCGGGUCAAACUUUACCGACUCAAUGCCGACGGCUCUUGGGAUGAUUGUGGCACCGGACGCAUCCUUUGCUUGUACCGUACCCCGGGCGUACAGAAACCAACAUCACCCGUCCAGGACGGCCACCAAGCCAACACGAAUACCUCCGUCGCCUCGACCUUGCCAUCCGAAGCAACCUACUCUGCCGAAACUUCCACAACAACAUCAACCUUGACAAAAGCGGCAACAUCUCCGGCCUCGCCCACUUCCAACAAAGUAAAGACCAACGUGGAUCAAUGGUUGCAUACGGAAACGGGCGAAGCUACGCUCUGCGUUCACGCAGAAGCGUCCAAGCAAAAUUCCUCCCGACGUGUACUGCUACGCACGCGGGUCUUACUGCGCGAUGCCUACCAACGACAAGGUGACAAUAUCAUUACCUGGUGUGAACCCUACUACGGAAAUCGGGCCACCUCCCCCGAUGGCAACGCCACUAGCACUAGCGGAAAUAGCAACACCAGUAGUACAUCGGGAGUGGACUUGGCCUUGUCCUUUCAGGACAAUGCUGGUUGCUUGGAUAUCUGGCGGCAAAUUACGCAGGUACAAGGCCAGGCCGCCGAACUGCUUCAGGAAACCCUGGCGGCGUCUUCCUCCGUGGAAGACAUGGCCGCGCACGUGGCGGCUCAGCACCAUGCCGAUCUGCAAGCACGACAAGCACAUAGUGAUGCCGAGAUGUGGAACUUUUCCAACACCAACAACAAUAACAACAAUGAUGAGGAAGUAUACGCCUUGGAAUCAUCUCCCGCCAUCCCGAUGCCUCCUUUGCCGACUCCACCAAGCCUCCAAAACAUUGCUUCCAUUGCCGACACGAUUGCCGCUCUGCAACACACACAACAACGGGAUUCUUUAGCCAUGCGCAUUGCCACGGACGAUUGUGCAUACCUAAAAUCGUUACUUGCCUUGUUUCCCGCCGCCGAAACCCGCGGAGAUUACGGCAAACUGGCCAUGCUCGCCGCGUGCGUCAAAACGAUUCUUCUACUCAACGAUCCCUCUAUUUUGGAAUGGAUCAUUUCGGUGGCGCGCGUCUUUGAAGAUAUCUGUGCCUGUCUGGAAUACGAUCCUGACUUGCGCGAAAAAGCUAAUCAUCGGUGGUUUUUACGGGAUCGCGCUAAGUUUCGAACCGUGGUGCCCAUGGAAGAUCCCGAACUCGUCUCGGCAAUUCAUCGGAGCUUUCGUGUGCAAUAUUUGCGCGAUACUCUCUUGCGACCAACCAUGGACGAGUCGGCCCUGUCUUCGCUAGGCUCCCUACAGACCUUCACGCAUGCUGACGUGGUAAAAGGGGUUACCAUGUCGAGUAAUGGAGAUGUUAGUCUGAAGGAUAGCUAUUUGAUACGGGUGAUUCGAUUGUUGGGGGUUGAAACAGACGCCGUGGGAAGGCUGGAAUGGUCGGAAUUGGAAGCCGACCCCGACGCUGGUGGGAUUGAGACGGCAUCAUUGACAACCACGCCGAUGCUAGCUUUGGCGGAACUUCCCGCCGAUGAAAUGGUGCCGGAUGGGUCCACCGUGGUCGGCAGACAUGGUCUGGAUGGCACCGCCACUUGGAAACAGUAUUUGGCCCCGCAGGAUUCUUCCUUGGUGUCUCGAAAGAAUCGUCGACGUGGGUGCGUUUCGUUUUUGCGAGAACUCUUCAAUAUGGUGCGAACAAGUCUGCAACAGUCGGACAAGGACGAUUUUUUUGCGUUUAUUUGUUCCUUGGAGAUUGAUGUGAACGAUGGUAUUGAAAUACCCGACAACGUUUCACAAACCUCCCAACAGGUGGAGGUCGGCAGUGUAGCGAGUACUAUCAAAUCGGAACGGACUGAUGAAAAGACCGAGAGUAUGGUAAACACUGCAUUGUCUUCACACCUGGAAUGGUCGCCACCCUCGUCGCCCGCCAAUAUUUUAUCCUUGCUAGCCAACAUUCUUGCUGAUCCACACAUUGACGUCACGGAAAAAUGUUUAGUUCUGGAAAUUGUUGCUGGCGUUGCUAUGCACGAUCCCGGCCUUAUACGGAGGCAUUGCUUGGAGUAUCAUACAGUCUGGAAUAAUCACGAAAAGGCCGUCCCCAACGUAACCAUUGGACGCCCGGAUGCCAACGAACGCCGGCAAGUGUUGUUUCUGUGCCCUCCGAAUGACCUGUUGGGGUCGUUAUUGUUUCUUCUGGACGUGGAACCGGACGCUGGUCUUUUGCUGCAAGUAACUGAAAUCAUGAGGAUUGUCUUGGAUACCGACAUGAUGGGUGAUCACGGUCCGAUGAGCGCCUUUGCGGACGAAGCCGAAGGUAUUCCUCCUGGAGUUCCAAGUCAGCCGCAUCAGGCGUCUGGUCCAAUCGGCACCACCAGUGGUACGGAUCAAAAGCAGUUUCUUUCCAUAUUUUUUGAAAACUAUGUCGAGUGGCUCGUGGCUCCUUUCCAAUUUUCCAUUCUUCAUGUGAUUCGGCGGGUUCCGGAUGACGUGUUGAGGUGUCAAUCAAAAUCAACUUUGUUGCAACGAAUUGUACGAUUAUUUCAGCAAGGGGUUACGUCGAAAAAUGCAUUGCUCAAGAUUGUUCCAUCGUGCGCAAUCCGCAGCUCGUUUGCAGUCGAGAUGUUAAGUUUCUGUGUUCGAGCUCAUCUCUAUCGCAUGAAAUUCUUUUUGCUCAAAUCUAGAGUGUUGGGGAAUGUCCUGAAAGUGUUAAGUCCUUCUUCUAUAGUACGAAGUCAUUCCGGCGACCGUUGCUUGAAGUUGGCAGCUCUGCGAUUCCUACGCGCUGUUCUCUCUGUGAACGAUGAGUUCUACCAUCGGCACAUUAUUCAACACAAGUUGUUUGCGCCUGUAUUUGAGGCUUUCCGGGCAAAUCCAGUCGGAGAUAAUCUGGUUUCUUCUGCGAUUGUUGAAAUGUGCGACUACAUUCACAAUGAGAACAUCAAAUCGCUCAUUGAGUACAUAGUUUCAGACUACAUGUCAUCGGCACAGACGGGAGAUGAUGUACCGAGUCUGGAAGAUGUGUCGAGCCCCUACGUCAGUACGCUCACCGUGCUCCGGAAGGCCUAUGAGACCAACAUUCACGCCAUCAGGCAGUCUCAUAAUUGUGAGGAGGGGGCGUCCUCACCUGGUGGGUCACGUUACUUUCCCGGCGGAGCAAAUCAUUACCCGCAUGGCCCUAGAGUACUUAGUGGCAAAGCUUUGGAAGAUCAACGGAAGUUUCUGGAAGUGGACGAGGAGGAAUCAUAUUUUGAGUCGGAUGACGAAAGCGCCUGCAGUACAAUGAUUCUUCCAGCUACGGAGGCGGAAGUUGCACAGCAGCAGGUGGAGAGCAAUUUGGAGAGGAUCCCUCGAAUGUAUUCACUAUCACAAGCGCCACCUUUGAGUGAAGUGGAAGAUGCUAAGGAAAUUCGACACGCCGUAUACGCGAGUGAUGUUGCAGCGGAAGCCGCACCAGACGCCGUACGCGACUGCGGCGCAUAUUCCAGUACUGCCGCUCGUUUGAUUGUUGUUUCCCAAAGCUUCACCCACAAAGCAUGUUGGCAUGCUGGAAGAGUGGUUUUGGGCACGCAUGUGUUCCGCGCGGGUGCCAUAUUGUCAAUUACAUUACGAGAAGUCCUUAUUUCAAUGAAGCGGCGGAUUCAUGCAUCGGCUUUCAAGAUGGUAAAGGUUGACACACUUUUUCAGGAUGUCUGCGGUCGCAGCCAAACACUGACCACAAAGUCCGCCCAACUGACAAAUCGGCCGAAACGAGAGAAGACAAUAGUCACCGACUUUUUUUCGCAUGAAAUGCUUUCGGUAGCCAUGAGAAGCUAUACAGAAGUCAAGUGGAGUCCUCCUGGAGAGACUGACGGAAACGAAGGCCCGAGCAAGAAUGCUAUCUUGGCAUUGCAAUGUGUUCAAGCAGCAGCGAAUCAAUUUGACUCGAAUUUCAAGCUGCGCAAUCCAGAACGCGAGGCACUUAUUCCUCUAGUUGGUACCGACGAGAUUGUAGCUGGGAUCGACAAAAUUCGAUCUUCUGGAUUCUAUACGGAGUACGAGCUAAAAGGAAUUCGCAUUAUUAUGGACCUCACUCCUGGUGAUUUCGGCUCUACGACCGAAGAAGCUCGAAGGAAGCUAUCGGAGCGCUGCCAAGAGGGUCGAUACUACGCAAUUAAAUAUCUUCAGAGCGGUUUGAUCGAUUCUGAUCACGGCCCGACUGCGGCAUGCGAUAUGAUCAUCGAAACCAAGAUCCUGAUGAAUCUUGCACCUCAUCCCAACAUUGCCCAGGUGUAUGGAGUAAAUAUUGAAGGAAUUGAUAGUUUCCUGGAAUCUGGAAGGAAAUCUUUCUUCUUCAUUACUGACCUCAUCACAGAAACCCUUUCUCAAAGACUGGAGAGCUGGAAACAAGAUAAAAGUUAUGUAGGCGAGGACUUGGACGACAAGAAAAAAGAAGGACAACGACUUGAGAUUGCUUUAGAUGUAGCCAUGGCGUUGGUUUACCUUCACGACCGGUUUCUGGUUUUUAAUAUUCGACCCGAUAAAGUGGGCUUCGACGGUCGUUAUGGAAGGAUAAAACUCUGCAAUUUUAGUCAAGCCCGGCAGGAUGGAAGGACCGAGCACGCCACAAGUAUUACAAAGUCGGAUGACAUCAAAACGCUCGCGUACACGGCCCCUGAAAUGCUCUGCAGAGCUCCGGCGACGGUCAGCUCUGAUGUUUAUGCCUUUGGGAUUAUGCUUUGGGAGAUUCUCAGUCUCACCAAGCCUUUCGAAGGCUAUGACCGAUCGACGCACUUUGAAGAUGUUGUAAAAUGCAGUCAGCGUCCAACAAUUAUUCCGAAUUGGCCUAAAGCAAUUUGCGAUUUGAUUCAAGAGUGCUGGCAUCCACAUCGGAGACCGACGAUGAAGGUAGUUCAUGAAACUUUAGAAACAACUCUACUUUUUGCGGACGAUCCCGAUUGUGUUCAUCCCACACUAAUAUGUCGCACUGCUUCUAGCCAAUCUGCGGAAGAACCGCGUCAGCGGCCUUCGUCCAGUGGAAUGACGGUUGAAGCAUUGCGCAGGGCGCUUUCACAAAGAGAUCUUCACGACUCAAAUACAAAACAAAACAUUCGAAGCUCAUGCCGACAGCAGCGAAGUCAGUCAACAGGGCGACCGAGAUCGAAAUCCAAGUCUCCAGGUCGAAGGUCGACUACUCCAAGUGGACUGGAAAGGCCUCGAUCAACGACGACUGGCUACGAUAAUACACGGUCCAAGUCUCCCAGUGUUCGGGGUAUGCAAAGGUCAAACUCGUCUCUUGGACAUGCGAGGACUAGAUCUAAAUCUCCGGCCCCACAGGCUGCUCAAGUCCGUAUAAGAGUCCGGGAAGGUAGAGAAAGUGAAAGCAGGAAGCUUCAAAGCCAGAUCAGUUCUCACAAUUCGGAGGCUGCCACGGAUCAAAACGUUCAAAUGCAACCCGUGUCCCGAACGUAUCGCCCUACAAUGGAUCGGACUUCGCCGGCUUCCGAGUCGGCCCUGCGCCAACUGAAACGAAGCAAAUCGUUUACAAUGGAACAUGGUCGGGGCGCACUUGGUAGAGUUGAUUCCAAGCGUAGCCUAAGAAAAGGAGUGGGCGACGAAAAGUCAAUAAAAUCUGAAGGCACAACACCGACUCACACAGACGUGAGUUCUAGCAUCGAAUCCUCGCCUAUCCCUCCAGGAUAUCCUAAGCGUACUCGUCGAACAUCUCGUCACCGAAGCGCAUCCUCCGAAGAAUGCGAGAUCAGUCGAAACGCUCUUUUGGCAUCGACGGAAUCGAAAUCAUCACCAAUUGCAAACCUCAAGAAGGCAUCGACCACCGAAGUUGAGGGGUGGGCUUCCUUUGAAGAUGUCACACGAAACAUUGUUCGACGCAACAAUAUCACAAGACCCAUCUUGACGCGGAGAAAGAGCUCCUCCACUCCAGAACGCCAGCUGAGUCCCUUGCGGCGAACACCAUCGAGAUCCAAAUUGCAUUCGGGACACGCUCCCUCGACGCCUACGACUCGUUCGCCAUCGUCGGUAAAAACUCCUUCGCCAACGACGUCGUUUAACAGCUCCUUGAGCGGUAAUCAAUUCGGGUCGCCACGUAGGCCUUCGCGGCGCCAAUCAAGAAACACCAUGGAUAUUCUCAAGGCAAACGGGGCGUCGACCGGAACACCGGACGGGGACAGUAGUCCCAAAAUGGAUCUGGCGGAAGCAUUAAAAGCUUUUUCAGCCAGUUUUACGGAGCAGGGGUUCGAUAACAUUCCUGCCCCAUCUCCAACCGUACCGGUGAAGACUCGUACGAUGCAAAAGAGCGCUUCGCUGCGGCAGGUUGCUACCGUUUCGCCCCUCGUGUCUCCGGAUGAUCGCCGCUCGACCCGACUGGAACGCACGAGUAGCUUUCUGGAAGGCAUGCGGCGCCUCCGUUCUCCCAAGGGAGGCGUUUCCCAUCCUCCCGUAACUCGUGGUCCCGGAUGGUCCCCACGUAGCCGUAGCAUGAGCUUUCAGUAA